GCUCCUCCGCAAAAACCCUCCCCUCACCCACCAGUCUCCCUCCCCACAUCUCCAAAUCUCGCGACGAACAAAGCCAUCAAAUCGCAGGGGUGCCGGGAGCCGGAGCGCGGGAGGGAGGGAGGGAGGGAGAGGAAUGGAGCCGGCGGAGCGAAUCGGGUCGGGGAAGGCGCUGGGGAAGCGGCCCAGGAGCAGGGUGCUGCCCCGGACGGCCAGCAUGGUGACGGUGCCGUCGGCGGCGAAGCAGGGCCGCCAGGAGCGGGGCGCCGGCGUGCCGUCGUCCUCCUCCCUGCCCGCUGGUGGCGCGGGGAUGGGGCACGGAGGAGGAGCGGCGGCGCCGAGGGGGUUCUUCUCCGGUGGCUACCUUCCCGGGGCGGAGACGACGGCGGCGUUCCUGAAGGCGUGCGGCCUCUGCAACCGCCGCCUCGGACCCGGCCACGACACCUUCAUCUACAGGGGUGAGGUGGCAUUCUGCAGCCAGGAGUGCCGGGAGCAGCAGAUCCAGUACGACGAGCGCAUGGAGCAUACCUGCUCCCUGACCUCCAUCAAGGAGGCCCCGUCCGUCUCCGGCGCCAGCGGCUCCGACCAGUCCGGCAGCGGCGGGGACACCGUCGCCGCCGCCUAGCCCGGCGCGAAGGCGGCCCGUGGUGCGAGCGGCGGAUGCUGCCGCCUGGCACCCUGCAGAUAGGAGCAGGCAACACCAGAUCGAUCAGUUCCUGCCCUUAUUAGUUUUCCUGGGCCGUGCAAUUGCGUCUGUGUGUACAGCUUUUAGCUCUAGCAGAAGACUCUAGAGUCGUCGCUCAUGAACCGAAGCGGCAGUGGGAGAUAGAUCUUCAGCAGAAGAAUGCAUCAGUCAUGAGUGAUUUAGUCGUGGCUGGUGCAUGUAUCUCUGGAAUCUUGCUUUCCUUGUCUGUCCAAAGGGGCAAAAAAGAACCUGUGGUUGCAACAACAGACUGCCUGCCUCACGCUUCCCUUUUGAUUGCAUCUGCCUGGUUGUUUGAUCUGCUCA